ACACCUUUCCACAUACGCUCACCCAAAAAUUAAACACCAAGAUCCUCUAACUUGUUUGGAUUGACUGAUGAAGACAUAAAGCCAGUUACACUCUAUGAUUUUUGAGGUGGAGUGAGUGGUUUUUCUUCAUUUUUAAAUGGCCAAAUGACAGCUUGACCCAGUUUGCUUUCCAAUCAAAGGGCAUUUUUUUGAAUGUCUCUUUGUGGCGCAAGAGCCAACGCAAAAAUGAUGGCGGCUUACAAUGGCGGUACAUCUGCAGCAGCAGCAGGUCACCACCACCACCAUCACCACCACCUUCCACACCUUCCUCCUCCUCACCUUCACCACCACCAUCACCCUCAACACCAUCUUCAUCCGGGGUCGGCUGCUGCUGUACACCCUGUACAGCAGCAUACCUCUUCGGCUGCUGCGGCAGCCGCAGCAGCGGCCGCAGCUGCAGCCAUGUUAAACCCUGGGCAGCAACAGCCAUAUUUCCCAUCACCGGCACCGGGUCAGGCUCCUGGACCAGCUGCAGCAGCCCCAGCUCAGGUACAGGCUGCCGCAGCUGCUACAGUUAAGGCGCACCAUCAUCAGCACUCGCAUCAUCCACAACAGCAACUGGAUAUUGAGCCGGAUAGACCUAUUGGAUAUGGAGCCUUUGGUGUUGUCUGGUCAGUAACAGAUCCAAGAGAUGGAAAGAGAGUAGCACUCAAAAAGAUGCCCAACGUCUUCCAGAAUCUGGUCUCUUGCAAAAGAGUCUUCCGGGAAUUGAAGAUGUUGUGUUUUUUUAAACAUGAUAAUGUACUCUCUGCCCUUGACAUACUCCAACCUCCACACAUUGACUAUUUUGAAGAAAUAUAUGUUGUCACAGAAUUGAUGCAGAGUGAUCUACAUAAAAUUAUCGUCUCUCCUCAACCACUCAGCUCAGAUCAUGUCAAAGUUUUUCUUUAUCAGAUUUUGCGAGGUUUGAAAUAUCUCCAUUCAGCUGGCAUUUUACAUCGAGACAUUAAGCCAGGGAAUCUUCUUGUGAACAGCAACUGUGUUCUUAAGAUUUGUGAUUUUGGAUUGGCCAGAGUGGAAGAAUUAGAUGAAUCCCGUCAUAUGACUCAGGAAGUUGUUACUCAGUAUUAUCGGGCUCCGGAAAUCCUAAUGGGCAGCCGUCAUUACAGCAAUGCUAUUGACAUCUGGUCUGUUGGAUGUAUCUUUGCAGAACUACUAGGACGAAGAAUAUUGUUUCAGGCACAGAGUCCCAUUCAGCAGUUGGAUUUGAUCACAGAUCUCUUGGGCACACCAUCACUGGAAGCAAUGAGGACGGCUUGUGAAGGCGCUAAGGCACACAUACUCAGGGGUCCUCAUAAACAGCCAUCUCUUCCUGUACUCUAUACCCUGUCUAGUCAGGCUACACAUGAAGCUGUCCAUCUCCUUUGCAGGAUGUUGGUCUUUGAUCCAUCAAAAAGAAUAUCCGCUAAGGAUGCCUUAGCCCACCCCUACCUAGAUGAAGGGCGACUAAGAUAUCACACGUGUAUGUGUAAAUGUUGCUUUUCCACCUCUACUGGAAGAGUUUAUACCAGUGACUUUGAGCCUGUCACCAAUCCCAAAUUUGAUGACACUUUUGAGAAGAACCUCAGUUCUGUCCGACAGGUUAAAGAAAUUAUUCACCAGUUCAUUUUGGAACAGCAGAAAGGAAACAGAGUGCCUCUCUGCAUUAACCCUCAGUCUGCUGCUUUUAAGAGCUUUAUUAGUUCCACUGUUGCUCAGCCGUCUGAGAUGCCCCCGUCUCCUCUGGUGUGGGAGUGACAGUGGAAGAUAAUGUACUACUGAAGAUGUAAUGUAGCUUUCCACUGGAGUCUGGGAUUUGCAAUUCUGGAGGUUAAUCAUGCUUGUACUGUAAUUUUACUAAUGAAGUUUUAAAUUAACAACCACUACUUGUAUGAUAUGAAUAAUAUUUAGAAAUGUUACUAGACUUUUAAUCUUGUAAAGUGGUUGUGCUUUUAGAAGAAAAAAUAUUUUACCCAGAGUUGCACAUGUUUUAUGAAUUAGUGCAGCUGUUAUGGCUCACCUCAGAACAAAAGAGAAUUGAACCAAAUUUGGGAGUUUGGGGUUUUUGUUUUGUUUUUCUUUUUUUUAAAUGAAGUGAGAUUGUUCACAUACAGUCAACACACACACACACAUACACACACACAAAGGACAGUCAUACAUUUUGAUAUUUGAGCCAUUCCUAAAGAUUUGGGGUUUUCUAAAACUAAAGAAUCUAGAAACCUUGCCUGCGACCAAUCAUGGAGCCACGUGAGCUGAUCGUGGCUGUGCCUGGGGGAGGGGGGUAGGGUUGAGGGGCAUGCCACCUAAUGAUCAAGCCCUAUAAUUAGCUUCUCAUUAGAGCUGUGAUGGUGAUGUGUGCUGUCUAAAAACCAAUGUUGUGGGUAGAGAGAAUGAGUUUGUGACUAGGAGAGACUAAACUUUUGUUUUCCUUACCCAGUAUAAAUAUAUAUAUAUAUAUUUAAUCUAUUUUUAUUAGAAGUUUUUCUGCUCUUUCUUACAUAAAAGAACCCAAGCAUGCAUCUUUCAUGUGUGUAAAUAAUUCAUUUCUGGGCUAAUUUCAAAAAAAUUCCAACAUUGCUGUAUAGAGAGAGAACUAGCUUGCACAUUUUAGGUCUGUGAAAUUUUGUGAGACUUUUCCUGCACUGGACAGUGAAAAAUAAUAAAUAAAAGACAAAAACAAAUUUUUAAUACAUUUAAAGCCACAAAAAAGGCACAUAGGGAAUUAUGUCAAAUGUGUUCGUGUCCUUAGGCAAAGCUGUGGGAGUCUGGAAAUGUCACAGUAGUAAAUAACUUAUUACUUUUUGACAAAUUCUUUUUUCUGUUGGAACACUGAAUUCUUCUGUGCAUAUGUAUAUAUGAAUACAAAUUGAAGGCCUCUACCUCCUGGAGUUAUACAACUUGGCUUGUUUACCUCCACAUGCUGAUGAUGACUAUUUUUUUUUUUAAGUUCAAUGUGGAGACUUGAAACUUGAAUGUCCCUUCCAACUUUUAUAUUAAAAAUAAAAAGACAAGAAAAUUGAAGAUCGUUUUUCACCUGUACAAGGAGUACUAAUGGAUCGUCUUAAAAUUGGUCUAGGAAAAAACCUUGGUGUGUGUUAUGGACAAUUAACUGUUAAAGUUAUUGUAAGUUAUCUGUAUUUAGCAGAGUAUUUUCAUCUUGAGUGAUCUGAGCUGAAUUUGAAGACUAUUAAUAAGUUAUGUUUGGAAGUUUUAACUUCAAUGAAGUAAUUAUUUGCUGUGAAAGAAACAAACAUUGAAUUACUAAACAAAGAUGGUGCAAUAUCUUUGUUUUUUUUUAUGAGGCUCCUGAGAAUCAACCCAACUGAAGCAUUUCAAUUCACUUGAAUGAGAAACGUGUUUAGUAUCAAAAGAGCCCGAGACGACACUGGUGUGAAAGGUACAAUCUCAGAGGUUGGUCAAUUACCGUGGCACACUUUCUGGUCACUUUGUACAAUGUAGAUUUGAAGUACAGUGGUGAAAACAUUAAAUGUGACAUUUGAAAAGGAUGCGUCAUCUGUUUUAUUUCCAUGUCUUUCCUUUGUUUUCUAUUUAGUAUGGCUUGUGUCCUGACUGCAGUUUUGAGAUGUUUGCUAUUUAUAUUUCCACUAUAUCUCCUAAAAGACAUUAGUUGUUUUGUUUUGUUUUAAUCUUCCCUGAAACCUACGAUUGACCAAAAAACAUACCAAAAACUUUAUUAACCCAUAUCAAAGAUGUUGGUGUUUAAAUAUAUACAAUGUGGA